GAAGAUAGAAACAAUGUCAUCGAUGUAUAAGCCGGACAGCUGGGAUAUUAUUACAAUUAAUAUAUAACGAACAGCAAACUUGCAGAAUCGGAGAGAGGAUUGUAUAUAUGGUGAAGCAAUAUAUACAACAAAAAGCAAUUUGUACCUCAUAAUAAACAACUAAGUCCUUCAAAUUGUUCCAUGAGGAAAAGAGGAAAUAAUCAAUUUAGACUUGUCUCUGAAAUUGCAAGCAACAAUUGAUUAGUCUGAUAAAUGUAUGUUAUACCAUAGACAUAUAAAUAGCAUCGGAUCUAUUAUGACGAAUAGCAUUCAUUUAACCAAAAAGCUAGUCACAAGAAUGAAACGAUAUACUAGACAUGGGUUCAUUAAAAUAGUUUUAUCGACAAUUUUCAUUAUCGGAUCCUUUUACGCGUUUGGAUUUUGGACACGAUACAAAGGAAAUGGAAUAACGAAGCCGAUAUUUUGCCUAACAGAUAGAGAUUAUGAUGCUACGAGUGACGAUUUACAAGUUGUUGGAUAUAACGGAACUUCAGGGAAUUGUAAUCUUCGCCCGUGUGAUUUGAACAUGGGCAGAGAGCCACCUAUAAUUCGUAAAGUAAAGCACAACGAUUUCUACAGUGUUGAGAAAUUAGUGACAUUAAUAGUAAAAACUGCAAACAGAUUGGAUUCUGUUGAAAGGCUUUUGGAUUCAUUAUGGAAAUAUUACCCAAAUAUGAAUGCAAUAAUCAUUGAUGAUUUUAAUCCCAAUUUAGAGCAAGAUCCUCAAACCAUGGCCAUAUUACGUUCGAAGAAAGUUACAUAUCUUCAAACACUUCCAAACUCUGGGAUAUCAUACGGACGUAAUAUUGCCCUCAAGUUAUGCAACACGAAAUAUUUUAUGCAACUUGAUGAUGAUAUUGUAUUUCACUCAGAGUCAAGUAUUGAAAAACUGAUUGCACCUUUGGAUGAAUCUGAUCUUACUGUUGCUGCCUUCCACGUGGAUGGAGCAAGGAGUAUCGAAGGUGUGUUUAGAAUAUACGAAGACCCCAAAGGCUUGAGGCAUAUUAUACAAUACCCAGGAGUUGCAUAUCAGGCUGUGCCCUGCCACCCCCAUUGCUACAUGGUCGACUCAACGUUGAAUUAUUUCGUAGGAAAAACUGCUGAGGUACGCGAAGCUGGAGGUUGGGAGAAUGGACUUCCGGUCAUGGAACAUCUGGAUUUCUUUAUGAACCUUAGAUUGCAUAAAUUGAAAGUUGCAGUUUGUAUGGAUAGCUUGGUAGAGCACAGACCAGCCAAAGAUGAUCCUGUAAGGAAGCAUAGAUUCCAAGUGAAGCCAAUGUAUGUAGAAAAAUGCUUAAGAAAAUGGGGCUUGCAGUCAAGAGUGGAAUGCCCAGCUGACCAGUAUGAAAGCAUUCAGAUUUGUGAUGAACCAAAAUUAUUCGGUGAACUACCUUCUUAUUGAAAGAUUGAGAAAAGCCGGGGAUGAUUUGCAGUCUGUCAACAGAACGUGUAGAACGCAAGCCAAGGAAAUAAAUAUGAUUAAUAUUUACUUUUUGUUAUUUUGAAAACAUGUAUUGAAAUUGCAUUUUGUACGG